AUGUCACCUCAUGUCAGCACAAGUCGAAUCAACGCCAGCGUUCGGCUCGCGCCGGCUGUCGGCAGUUCUUGCCAUCGAAGGUUUGCCAAGAGGGCGGAUUGUGUUGACGAGGCUGAAAAAUGGAAAGUCGAUAGCGCUGGCGUGACUGAAAACAGGUUUGCGAGGCUGAGCCUGGACGCGCCGCGAAGAUAUCACGUGAUGAUGCUCCCGAUCGCUGAGGAGACAAAUGUGGGGUACAUCGUCGAUGUCAUGCCAUUUCUGAAAAUCGCAUCACAACAAGCGCCAACGCGAAACGCUCGUGCGUCUGGCCGUCCGCCCAGCGACAUCAACGGCAGCAAUUGA